AUGGAAGCAGAGCUUUCAAGCGAAGUGGGCGCUGCAGGUCGGCUCUUCAAAAGCUGCAUUGACCUGUACUGGGCACUCCUCCAAAGAACAUUGCCCUUAGAGUACAAAAAACAACAAAAACAGGCUCUGCGUACUGAGUUCGGAAGACUUUAUUUCUGGGGCGACGGCUUCUAUCCUUACGAUGGCCGGCUGGAUGAAAUUCUCACUGUCUCAAGUCGACUUCGAAAUCGGGUCACUUCAAUCUUGGUCGAGAUUGGCGGUCUUUUAUGUCAUGAGAAGACAGGUCUCUAUGGUUUGGUAGGUCGCGUACUUGUCGACGACAGGCUACGUGAGCAACGACAAGAGGUUGCUUCGCUCAUCGAAAGCAUACGAGAGACUUUGGACGACCCUGUGAGCAGUGGGAGUGAAAGUGAUAGUGGCUCAGACGUGAGUAAUGAGGGUAAUCAGCUCCAAGACAUCAUCACUGCUCUGCGAUCCCGAAAUCAAGGCCUCAUCGAUCUCAGCGGGUCUCUGGAACGGCCGGCUGCCGAUGCAGAUCCACCAGAAACCACUGCCGCCGAUUCAGUCGCUUUCAUUGUAUCAGGUCCUGCCGAAAUAUGGACUCGAAAGGUGAUUGACACGUUCCCAGACCUUGAUACAAGGUUUGCAGAGCGUUUGGGAGAAGCAAAUUGGCAAAGAUACCAACGGGUAGCCAGAAAACUGGAGAGCGCAGAACCUUUUGAUGAUGAAAGCGAAAGUGACCAUGAAGCUGAUAUGAGCGACGAUGACAUUGGAGUGCUCCCUCACUUCACCGAGACGACGAAGUCGAGCGCAGAUCCGAGUUCAAUUUUCAGCUCCGCUGGACGUCAGACCGCUACGACAGGUACCUCGAUCACUACAACCACUUUUGAUUACGCUUUCCCCAUGGCACCGAGGGUGCGAAUGCCCAAAGAUCUUAGAUCGCAGGCUACUUACACAUCACUCUUUACGAACGACGAAGGCGAGCGGGGCUGGCUCAAGAUCCCCGCUUUGCCAAAGGGGGCCGCCUCAGGCAAAGCUUUUCGCUGCACAGUCUGCGGUGAUCGCCAACAAGAAAUUAUAAACCGAAUGGAAUGGAAAAGGCACGUCUUUGCUGACUUGGAGCCAUAUCUGUGUACAUUCAACGAUUGUAAAGCUGGGCUUGCUUCAUUCAAAAAUCGGAAAGCCUGGGCUGAUCAUGAGUUCGCUGUGCAUCGAGUACAGAAGAUCUGGGUGUGCAACGACUGCGCUAAAGAAUUUGAUCAAAGGUCGCUUAUGCUUGAACAUACGUACGGCAGCCAUGGAAAUGUUCUUAUGCGAAACCAAUUAGAGGCACUAGUGAAUGCCGCGGAACGAUCUGUAGGUCCUGCUGGAAACAAUGGAUGCCCGUUUUGUUUGGAAACGCCCGCAACUAAGCCUAGAGGCUGGGCGAUGCAUGUGGGAAGGCAUAUGGAAGAGAUUGCUUUAGCUGUCCUGCCCCGCGACUUUAAGUUCGAAGAAGACAAAGAUUCAUUCUCAGAGCACAGCGUCGUUUCUGAUGGUGAAGAGCGACAAGACUCAGAAGUUCCAGAGACAGAGAAGAAGGGUAUCAUGAGGGGAAUCCCCCUGGAUGGACAGUUGUAG